AUGCCGAAAUUUUUCGGCGUCGAAUGGGUGGACAUCUUCUCAUCGAUUGAACGAAAGAAAACGUAUUUUGGCGUCGUCUACCACUUUGUUCUCACCUAUCCACUUGGAUUGUUUGUCACUAUUUUACCAUUUUUCUUGUACUUCCCCAUUAAACUUCAUAAAACUGCCGAAUUAUCACCGGACCAUAACUAUCUGAUCGGCUGUCAUCCCCAUGGAAUUAUCGCAAUGGCUGCAUGGGCGAAUUUCGCAACAAAUGGAACUGGAAUCUAUGAAAAGUUCCCAUCGAUUCGAUGGAAUUUAUGCACACUGGCGUUAAAUUUCAAGAUGGCGAUUCGUCGUGAACUCCUCCUGCUGACUGGCCUAAUCGACUGCUCUCGGGAAUCGAUUGAAUACGUUUUGGAUAAAUCUGGAGACAAGGGGCGGGCCGUGGUUUUGGUGAUUGGAGGAGCUGAAGAGGCAUUGGAUGCACAUCCUGGAUAUCAUGUUUUGACGCUGGCAUCGAGAAAAGGUUUUGUAAGAGAGGCAUUGCUCACUGGAGCACAUUUGGUGCCAGUUUAUUCGUUUGGAGAGAAUGAUAUAGACAAUCCGAUUGGCUCGAAACUUCGAAAUUUCCAAAAUUGGUCGAAACGCAUAUUCGGAAUCUCCUAUCCAAUUUUCCAUGGACGUGGAUUCCUUCAGAUGACUUUUGGCUAUCUACCAUUCCGUAAACCAAUCGAUACAGUAAUCGGAGCACCGAUUACUGUAGAAAAGGUGGAAAAUCCGACGAAGGAGCAAAUUGAUGAGCUUCACUCGAUUUAUUGUCAAAAAUUGACGGAAUUAUUUGAAGAGCAUAAAGGACGAUUUGGAGUUGAAAAGGAUGUUAAAUUGGUGCUGAAAUAG